CUUAUCGUUAUUGUUACUCUUCAUAUUUUCUACAACUUAAUUGUAGACUGAAAUAAAAACAUAAUGGCUGGUGAAUCACCAAAAAACCUAACUCUGGUAUGUAUAGAUGCAAGUGAACAUAGCAAACGUGCAUUGGAAUGGUAUUUCAAUACUAUUCAUCAAAAUGGUGAUGACAUUGGCCUUGUUCAUGUCCACAACCCUCCAGAUUUUCCUGUAGGAAUGGGUUUGCAUGCUGGAGAACUUUUGGCAAGUGAUUUAUAUCAAGAAGCUGUAAAACAGAGUUUAGCAGCAACUGAAGCUGUUGUGGAGAAAUACAAAAAGGCUUGUGAAGACAGAGGUGUCACUCCAAAAGUUUUUAAAGAAUCUGUUCAGGACUCCAUAGGAAACACCAUUUGUGAAAUCGCUAAAAAAUGUGAAGCCACACUUAUCGUGAUCGGUCAACGUGGUCUGGGUGCUAUUCGGCGAACACUUUUUGGUAGUGUUAGUGAUUAUGUUCUUCAUCAUACCCAUAUUCCUGUUGUAGUUGUACCCCCAGCAGAGAGUUAAAAGCACAUUGUUACCUUUUGGAUGUAAUUUUUAGGAAAUUCUUACAAUUAUAACAAAUAGUGAAUUA